GUGUAGGACCGCGGGAGAGGAGAGAGCAGGACCUGGAAACGGGGAGAGGCGUACCACGCUCCCUGCCGUCGGGUCUCCAGCAGGACAGUAGGGUAGAGCGGUGGACUGGGGACCGGCGCUGCAGAGGUUGUCUGCCUCUGUGGCCGUGGGGCAGGGGUGGGAAGAGAACAGUUUGGAGGAAGUUGGGGAGAGGGACCUGUCUCCCCGCCCUCUCCGCCUAGGUGACAGAGAGGCCCCGCUGGCUGGCAGGGUGCAAGCACUGCCCCGGAGCUCACUCGGGAACCGGCAUCUGGAGAGCGGCCCCCGGGUGGAGCCGCCCGCCUGCCGCCCACCUGGGGCAGAGUGGCGGGCGCGGCGUGGCCUCCCUCCUGCGCCCCGGCCGCGUGGCUUGCGGCUUAUUUUCCCAGCUGGCAAGCGUCGCGCUGCAGACAAGGGAAUGCCUGUGGGGCUCAGCGCUCACACGGAGCCCUGGGGCUCUUCUCUUACACCUAGGUCCUGCGUGUUCCGGAGCUCGGGGGCAUCCUGAUCCCGCUGAGCCCCUUCCAGGUGCAGAAGGGUUAACAAUGAUGAGGAAGAGGAGGAAGCGAGGCGUGCGCCCCGGCCCAUGCCGCAGUCCGAGGCCCGGCCCAGCCACUGCGCCCGCGCCGCCGCCCUCGCAGGAGCGCACGAGACCUGCAUGGACGGGCAUGGGCGUGAGAGCAGCACCUUCCUGCGCCGCCGCCCCCGCCGCCGCCGGGGCUGAGCAGUCCCGCCGCCCCGGGCUCUGGCCGCCGUCGCCCCCGCCGCCGCUGUUGCUGCUGCUGCUGCUCAGCCUUGGGCUGCUCCACGCAGGUGAUUGCCAACAGCCUACUCAAUGCCGAAUCCAGAAAUGUACCACAGACUUCGUGGCCCUGACUGCACACCUGAACUCUGCCGCUGAUGGGUUUGACUCUGAGUUUUGCAAGGCACUUCGCGCCUAUGCUGGCUGCACCCAGCGAACUUCAAAGGCCUGCCGAGGCAACCUGGUGUACCAUUCUGCUGUGUUAGGCAUCAGUGAUCUCAUGAGCCAGAGGAACUGUUCCAAGGAUGGACCCACAUCUUCCACCAAUCCGGAAGUGACCCAUGACCCCUGUAACUACCACAGCCACGGGGGAGUCAGAGAACAUGGGGGAGGGGACCAGAGACCUCCCAAUUACCUUUUCUGUGGCUUGUUUGGAGACCCUCACCUUCGAACUUUCAAGGAUCACUUCCAGACAUGCAAAGUGGAAGGGGCCUGGCCACUCAUAGACAACAAUUACCUUUCGGUUCAAGUGACGAACGUGCCUGUGGUCCCCGGGUCCAGUGCAACUGCUACAAACAAGGUCACGAUUAUCUUCAAAGCACAGCACGAGUGCACGGAUCAGAAGGUGUACCAAGCUGUGACAGAUGACCUGCCGGCCGCCUUUGUAGAUGGCACCACCAGUGGGGGGGACGGUGACGUGAAGAGUCUUCACAUCGUGGAGAAGGAGAGUGGCCGCUACGUAGAGAUGCAUGCCCGCUACAUAGGCACCACAGUGUUUGUGCGACAGCUGGGUCGCUACCUAACCCUCGCUAUCCGGAUGCCCGAAGACUUGGCCAUGUCCUAUGAGGAAAGCCAGGACUUGCAGCUGUGUGUGAAUGGCUGCCCCAUGAGUGAAUGCAUUGAUGAUGGACAAGGCCAGGUGUCUGCUAUCCUGGGGCACAGCCUGCCUCACACCACCUCAGUGCAGGCCUGGCCUGGCUACACACUGGAGACUGCCAGCACCCAAUGCCACGAGAAGAUGCCGGUGAAGGACAUCUAUUUCCAAUCGUGUGUCUUCGACCUGCUCACCACUGGUGAUGCCAACUUUACUGCUGCAGCCCACAGUGCCUUGGAGGAUGUGGAAGCGCUGCACCCAAGAAAGGAACGCUGGCACAUCUUCCCCAGCAGCUGUGGGGGAUGUAGGGAUUUGCCUGUUGGUCUUGGACUCACAUGCUUGAUCCUUAUUAUGUUUUUGUAGGAGUUGUUUCUUGUCUUUGUUUUGUUUUUUUGUUUUUCUGAGUUUCUUUUUUUUUUGUCUAUAACAAAAUUUUAAAUAUAUAUUGUCAUAAUAUAUUGAGUGAAAAAGUAUAUAUGUAUAUACCAUGUAUAUGACAGAUGUUUGUCCUGGAACACCAGAUUGUACAUUAUGUGUUUGGCUGUUUUCACCUAUGUUGGUUAUAGUGUUGUUUUUUUGAUUGUAUCAAUUUUGUUUUGCUGUUUUGUGAAAUGUUUUAUAACGUCCCUGCCUAGGGGCCUCUUAGAAAGCACUUUAUUUUUUAUAUAUUAAAUAUUUAUGUGUGUACCUGGUUAGUAUGUACAGUGCAUAUACACAGACACCAACCACAGCGAUCCAUUUGGAGGUGACUAGUUUGUACCGCCUCUGCUUGCUCCCCCUGCACUUCCCAUGGCUACUGAUUGCUACUGAUUUACCAAGGCACUCAGUUCCUGAUGGAGCUGUCUCCCUUCCUUUGAAGUGUCAAUUUGAGAGGAAAGUUGUCCCCUCACUUGUAAGUACUUUUGAUUCUUAAAAUGUGGAUCUCACUAACGAGCCCUGUUUCUAACAAUUCGCUUUUUCAGUACAUGGGCACAUUAGUGCUACAACUUCAGCCUUCGCUUAUGUGCAUUUGAGCACAUAUGGCCUACUAGGGUGACCCUUCUGAAGCUGAUGUUUGUUAUGUACCAGUCUGGAGGUGGCCAUUUCAAGUAAAUACCAGGCAUCUUGCUGUGCCCCAGCUGGUAACUCUAUCUCAUCCUCUAUCCCGGUGUAAAUUGUAGUUUCCCCUCCAUUAACUCUUUAAGCAAAACAAAAUCAACUCAGAAGAGAUCAUGCUUUGCCCUCCUUUGUAAUUUGUAAAAGUCACAUUCUUGACUUUCUCCUUGGCUGCUUGGAGUCCUGACAGUGCUCUCUGGCUCUGCUCCAGCAUCUCCUUAACCUCCCCUCUGGAUUCCAAGCACUGGCUGUUAGUGUUCCUCUGAUACUGAGGUCCAGGAGUACGGCCUGAAGAAGAGAAAAUCUGUCUUGGUGUGUAUUAGUAUGCACUUGCCUGUGGAUGCCUAUGCGUCCUGAUGGUCAUAACUAGGCAUUUCACUCCCCAAGUCAUCGCCGUCUUUUCAACUCUCUGCCAGCUUAGUGAGAUCCUCACCAGGUAAAGUCUUCCCAUGCCUCCUGCAUUGUAUUGCUGGUGUCAGCUAUAAAGGGGACGUAACAGAAGACAGUGAGGCUAGCAAAGUUAACUCCUGAAUAGGUAGCUUUGUAUUAUUAUAACUAACUGUGUUUUGGUUCCAAGAAGUGAUACGAUUUGUGUUUUAAUAUUUAAAGUUUUCAUUUUCACAAGCAAAAGAUAACAAACCUUAAAUAACGUUGUUGGGACAAGGCGAUGCCUUUUGACAUGUCCUGUUGGCCAGUGGGACUGACAGACAAAGGCUGGCAGGAAACGGGGAGUCUUUUGUGAAGAUGUGUUUCUUAGAAGUGAUAUUGCCAAUGGGUGGGAUUGUGUGUUGAUCUAGAGGCGGCAGAGUCUCACCUUGGGGGCAGCUAUGAAGGCACCCUGCUUUGUAUUCUUAAAGAUUGAGCUCCAGAGAGUUAGGACCUAGAUCUGUAAAAGACGAUCCUUCUAGGAAAGCUGCUUUAGGACUGACCAACCCUGAGCUUUCAAGCAUGGCCACUUUGGUUCACCUGUGUAGCCAUGUGCCAAGUUCAGAAGUUGUCAAUAGCUAUUAACUUGUGAUUGCGUUGAACAAGGAAGGGAAAAUGUUGGAUACUUUGAACCACUAUUUCUGUGCAAAUAUAAAAGUAAAAACAAUAGACGUUUCUACAAGGUCUGCCUUUAGAGUGUGUGAUUGCUACACCUUUUAUCCUUUUGAGGAGAACAAAGCCACCGUGUCCACCCAAUAGUUUGGAAAAGAAAGUUUCCUUAUUUAGCUGUAUUGUUUAGCUGGAGAGGGUGCCCUGAGAUGUCCUACAGCAGUGGCGUUAGUAAUAAUGUGUUAGUGUUCUCCUUCAGAAUUGGUGUCCCUGUGUGUCCUUUACAGUUCCCACAGAUAACUUUUAGAAAUCAAGUACUUUUGUAGAGAAGGGCCAGGUUUUCUUUGGGGUUUCUAAGGAACAUAAAUUGCUUGAACUUGUCCUAUGAAGUCCAAAGCCAGAAGAAUUUCAGACCAUACUGCCAAGCAAAUAGGCUAUAGCUUUUCACGGGUCUCCUGGGAGAGCUUAAAACUUGGGGCAAAACCCUGAUUUUCACAGAUCUUCCCAUGUCUCUCUUUGGAAAUACUCAAAACCACAUUGCCCCCUCUGCUGUGCUUGACCCCCCCCCCCAUUGUGUCGAAUCUUUGCAGAGAAACCUGUAGAUGUGGUUCAUAGGUAUAUUGAGUAAGUUUCUGUGUAAAAACAGUGAGUGUGUAGUAUGUAAAUACGUUAAAUUAUUAUGCUAGAAAAAUAAAGGUUCCAGACCAUGCUGCCCGA